AUGGACCGGAUUCAAGCAACAAACGAGCUCGCUUUCCGCGCCGCCUUCUCCGGUCACAGUGGCCACCUCAGGGUGGAGCCACUCUCCUCCGUGGAGCGCACCAAUCCCGUGAAAUCUCUCCCUGACUACAUCCUCCCCCCUGCAUUUCCCAGGGAAACACACGAAUCAAUAAAGGACCAUAUAGAGGAGAAAUAUCUCUUGCCAAGAUUAGAUCCUGAUGAAUUUUCAGCAGAAAAAGCUGGCAAGCAGUGGGAUUUUGACUGGUUUGAGAUGGCAAAGCUGCCACUGGAGCCUUCAUUGCCACAAUCCGUGGUAGUUCCGACAUGGGAGGUGCCAUUCCGACGGAAAAGGAAGGGAUUGGUUGAAGGAAUGUGGGAACCCAAUUCAGCACAGGUGGAUGUGUCAGAAUUGUCAAUAGAAGCUCAAGAUUCCGCUCCUUUGCCACGGGUGGCUGGACCUGCUAAAGAUUUUGUAAGAGGAAGCAUAAACAACCGCCCUUUUCGUCCAGGAGGUUUCGAGGACUCUCAAAAUAUUGAUAGAAUUCUUCCUGAUGGUGUUACUAAAAGUGAAUGGAUACGUGAGGUGUUGAAUGGUGGUCCAGCUCAGACAGUUGCUCCCAGCCUUAAGCAAGGAUUGGACCUUGGUGAUCUUAAGGCAUAUCCCAGCACCUGGAAUGUUUACAAUGAUGAAAGUUCACUCAAUAACAGAUCAGACAAAAAAUUGAGUGAGUUGUCUGUACAGUUUGAUGACUUGUUCAAGAAGGCCUGGGAAGAGGAUGCUGUGGCAGCAUAUGAGGGAGAUGCUCAUUUAUCAGAAGAGGAUUCGACAAAGCCAGAUGCUGAAGCAAGCCAGGUCGAUUUGUCCAGCAGUUUGCCUGAGCCUGAAUUAUCUGCAUUAGAUGAGAUUUUGUCUGUUGAAUCAGGUGCAUUGAUGCCAACAUCAGGUGGAACUAGUGACAGUGGUGGACACCAGCAGAACAAGGCCUCAGCUCUCACUGGCAGUAGUCAAGGGAUUGCAGAACACUUCUAUCAACUAGUUCCUGACAUGGCACUUAGUUUUCCUUUUGAUCUGGACGCAUUUCAAAAGGAGGCUAUAUACUAUCUGGAAAAGGGAGACUCUGUUUUUGUGGCAGCUCAUACAUCAGCUGGGAAGACGGUUGUUGCAGAAUAUGCAUUUGCUUUGGCAUCAAAACACUGUACCAGAGCUGUCUAUACUGCUCCCAUUAAAACAAUCAGCAACCAAAAGUAUCGAGACUUCAAUGGAAGAUUUGAUGUUGGUCUUCUCACCGGUGACGUUAGUGUGAGACCAGAGGCUUCUUGUCUUAUCAUGACCACUGAAAUAUUGAGGUCAAUGCUUUACCGAGGUGCUGAUAUUAUACGAGAUAUAGAAUGGGUUAUAUUUGAUGAAGUCCACUAUGUCAAUGAUGUUGAAAGAGGUGUUGUGUGGGAAGAAGUUAUAAUCAUGCUUCCGAGGCACGUAAAUAUUGUCCUCCUUUCUGCCACAGUACCAAACACAGUUGAAUUUGCUGACUGGAUCAGUCGAACAAAGCAGAAGACAAUCCGUGUUACAGGAACUACAAAAAGACCUGUCCCUUUAGAGCACUGCCUAUUUUAUUCUGGAGAACUAUACAGGAUAUGCGAAGGUGCAAUUUUUUUGCCUCAAGGAUUGCAAACUGCUAAAGUUGCAUUCAAGAAAAAGAAUGCUACUGCAGUGGGUCGCAGUACUGGAACAUACACCGGGCCUUCAGUAACACGAGAUGGGGGUCAGGGUCAGAAACGUGAAAACCCUAGUCGUAACAAACAAAACAAGCAUGGUUCCCAUAAUUCGGGGACUUUUUCUGGCACUGGUUGGGGAAAUCAAAACAACAGAAGUGGUCAGAAUAACUGGGGCUCAUGGAGAUCAGAGGCCUCUUUGUGGUUGCAGCUUGUUAAAAAGCUUUCGAAGAAUUCUCUAUUGCCUAAUCGAUGUGAUAAAUCAGCUGAUAGUUUGUCUGGGACUGAUCUCACUAGCAGUUCCGAGAAAAGCGAAAUCCGUGUUUUCUGUGACAAAGCAUUUUCACGACUAAAGGGAUCUGACCGCAAUUUACCACAGAUUGCCAGAGUUCGGAGCCUUCUUAGCAGAGGGUUUGGUGUGCAUCAUGCAGGGCUUCUUCCCAUUGUUAAGGAAGUCGUUGAAAUGCUUUUCUGUCGUGGUGUGAUUAAGGUAUUGUUUUCGACAGAGACAUUUGCGAUGGGCGUUAAUGCCCCAGCUAGAACGGUUGUAUUUGAUACGUUAAGAAAGUUUGAUGGAAAGGAAUUUAGACAAUUACUGCCGGGGGAAUACACUCAAAUGGCUGGUCGUGCUGGCAGAAGAGGACUUGACAAAAUUGGAACAGUUGUUGUCUUGUGCCGCGAUGAAAUUCCAGAUGAGAGCGAUUUGAAACAUGUUAUAGUUGGAAGUGCUACCAGGCUUGAAUCCCAAUUUCGAUUGACUUAUAUUAUGAUCUUGCAUCUCCUCCGUGUUGAAGAAUUGAAGGUGGAAGACAUGUUAAAAAGAAGUUUUGCAGAGUUCCAUUCUCAGAAACAACUUCCUGAACAGCAAAAAGUUCUGAUGCGAAAGCUUGCUCAGCCUUCCAAAGCUGUUGAAUGUCUAAAGGGUGAGCCAACGAUUGAAGAAUACUAUGACCUUUACCUGGAAGCUGAAAAAUAUGGCAACCAUAUAUCAGAGGUUGUCAUGCAGUCCCCUCGUGUCCGUGCAUUUCUUACACCUGGAAGAGUCAUCAUUGUGAAAUCACUAUCAGCGCAGGAUCACUUACUUGGAGUUGUAGUGAAAGCACCUUCGGGCAGUAUGAAGCAAUACAUAGUUUUGGUGCUGAAACCUAAUUUAUCACCAUCAACACAAACUCCAUCGAGUAGCAGUAACUUGCAAGAUAAAGAAAGUGCUGGUUUCCCACAAGGUCAUAUGCUGAUACCAAAAUCGAAGCGUAGCGUGGAUGAAGAGUACUAUUCUCUCACUAAUCGCAAAGGAUCAGGUGCCAUCAAUAUUAAACUACCAUACCAAGGUGCUGCUGCUGGGAUCAAUUAUGAAGUUAGAGAAAUUGAUAGUAAAGAAUUCUUAUGCAUAUGCGAUCGUAAAAUAAUAAUUGACCAAGUCGGGCUUCUCGAGGAUGUUAGCAAUGCUGCUUUCUCCAAGACAGUUCAGCAGCUAUUGGAAACAAAAAGUGAUGGAAAUAAAUAUCCUCCAGCACUAGAUCCACUGAAAGAUCUGAAGUUCAAUGAUGUGAAUCUUGUGGAAGCCUAUCACCACUGGACUAGCCUGUUACAAAAGAUGGCAUCAAAUAAGUGUCACGGGUGUAUAAAAUUGGAGGAGCACAUUAGCUUGGCAAAAGAGAUAAAGAGGCACAAAGAGGAAGUUAGGAACCUGCAAUUCCUAAUGUCAGAUGAAGCGCUCCAACAGAUGCCAGACUUUCAGGGCAGGAUAGAUGUUCUGAAGGAAAUUGGCUGUAUAGAUGGUGACCUUGUAGUUCAAAUUAAAGGUCGUGUUGCAUGUGAGAUGAAUUCAGGGGAGGAGUUGAUAUGCACUGAGUGUUUAUUUGAGAAUCAGUUUGAUGAUCUGGAACCUGAAGAAGCAGUGGCAAUAAUGUCUGCUUUUGUGUUUCAGCAGAGGAAAACUUCUGAGCCUUCUCUUACUCCCAGGCUGUCUGAAGCUAAACAAAGUCAUGGAUUGCCGGAAUCUGGCGAGAUAGCCCUGAUUCCAGCAACGGAGAAGGAAGAUUCCGUGAGCAUUGUUUUAAGGAGAUUAUACAGCACAGCAAUAAGACUCGGAGAGCUUCAAUCACAUUUCAAACUGCAAAUAAACCCCGAGGAGUUUGCCAAUGAGAAUCUUAAGUUCGGUCUAGUUGAAGUUGUGUAUGAGUGGGCAAAGGGUACUCCAUUUGCUGAUAUAUGUGAACUUACGGAUGUUCCUGAAGGCCUGAUAGUGCGCACAAUUGUCAGGUUGGAUGAGACAUGUCGUGAAUUUAAAAAUGCUGCUGCUAUCAUGGGCAAUUCUGCACUCUACAAGAAAAUGGAAUCUGCUUCGAAUGCCAUAAAGCGUGACAUAGUUUUUGCAGCUAGUUUGUAUGUCACAGGAGUGUGA